CGGUCAUGACUGGCCCGGAUUCUUCUCCUCGCUUCCUGUUUCAAGGAGUGUUGGAAAGUGGUGUCAAUUAAUUGAAACUACUAGUAAAGUCUAAUCUGGCGCUUUUUUUUUUACAAAUUGUUUGCAUCAUAUAUACCGGGGCGGUUGCAAAGUGUGCGGCUCGCAUUACAAUGCUGUCCAGUGGCAUGUCUCGGGUUUUAUCAAUAACGAUAUUGAUAAAUCUUUAUAUUUUUGCAGCUGAGUGUAAGUUUGAGACUUUGGCGCAUCUCAAGCCGCAAGCAACCGAUGACACUCAGGCGAGGGCAGUGGGCGAUUUACUACAGCGUCUGAUAGGUGCCAGGGCGAAUGAAUUUAUAGUUGUGGUCAAUCGUUCUCUGGGACUGGCGAACGGAGAUCUUGACACUUACGAGCUCCGAUCUGCGAGGAACGAGAUGAUUUCGGUAACGGGAAACACCGGCGUUGCGGCGGCGACCGGCAUUUACAACUAUCUGAAGUACUUCUGCAACUGUCACGUCUCCUGGUCGGGGGACCAGCUCAGAGUGCCUUCGCCGCUUCCCUCGAUAACCGGGGUGCUGAAAAUCACCACUCCAAACAGGUUCCGGUACUAUCAGAAUGUGUGCACGCAGAGUUACUCCAUGGUGUGGUGGGACUGGGAACGCUGGGAGCGAGAGAUCGACUGGAUGGCCCUCAAUGGGAUCAAUCUGCCCCUGGCGUUCUCUGGCCAGGAAGCAAUCUGGCAGGAGGUAUACUUGUCCUUAGGGCUGAACCAGUCUGAUAUCGACUCUUUCUUCACGGGCCCCGCUUUUCUGGCAUGGGGGCGCAUGAGCAAUCUGCAUGGUUGGGGGGGGCCUCUGCCACAGUCCUGGCAUCUCAAACAACUCUACUUGCAGUACAAGAUCCUAGACAGGAUGAGAUCACUGGGAAUGAUCCCAGUUUUGCCAGCAUUUGCUGGGCAAGUCCCAGAAGCCAUUAGCAGGAUUUACCCCAAAGCUAACGUGACCAAGCUGGAUCCCUGGAGUCACUUUAACUGCACCUAUUCCUGUGCCUACCUGUUGGACCCCAAGGACCCCCUGUUCCAACGCAUUGGGACCCUGUUCUUGACCCAGCUGAUCAGGCAGUUCGGAACUGACCACGUGUACAACACGGACACCUUCAACGAGAUGACCCCUGUCUCGUCCGAGCCCGCCUACCUCUCCUCGGUCAGCGAGGCUGUGUUCUCUUCCAUGACCUCAGCUGACACGCAGGCAGUUUGGCUGAUGCAGGGCUGGCUGUUUGUUCACCAGUCAGCUUUCUGGAGACCUCCGCAGAUCAAGGCCCUGCUUGGUGGCGUGCCCCUUGGCAGGAUGAUCGUCCUGGAUUUAUUUGCCGAAUCCCAUCCCAUGUACUCCUCUACCCAGUCCUUCUACGGGCAGCCCUUCAUCUGGUGCAUGCUCCACAACUUUGGCGGAAACAGCGGCCUUUUUGGGACAGUGGAGAGCAUCAACCGGGGGCCCUUUGAGGCCCUCAGCUUCCCCAACUCCACUAUGGUGGGAACCGGUUUGACCCCAGAAGGGAUUGAGCAGAAUCCAGUGGUGUACGAGCUUAUGAGCGAGCUGGCUUGGCGUCGAGAGCCUGUUAACCUCCAGAAGUGGGUCUCCCUGUACUCGGCUCGGAGAUACGGGAGCAGGGAUGAGAACGUGGCUGCCGCUUGGAGUCUUCUCUUCCGCAGCAUUUACAACUGCACCAUUCCCUUCUACAAGAAUCACAACCACAGCCCUCUGGUGCACAGGCCCUCCCUGAGGAUGAACACAGACGUGUGGUACAACCGCAGCGACCUAUUCGAAGCCUGGAGGCUCAUGUAUACGGCAGCCAAGCCCUUGAUGUCUGUAGAGACCUUCAAGCACGAUCUGGUUGAUGUGACCAGAGAAGCCCUGCAGCUUGUGGUCUCGGAGUAUUACCUGGAGAUCAGAAAGGCUUUCCAAAAGCACUUGCUGUCUGAGUUGUUGACCGCUGGUGGGGUCUUGGUUUAUGACCUCCUACCGGAGCUGGACAGGCUGUUGUCCAGUGAGAGCCGUUUCCUUCUGGGGGUCUGGCUAGAACAAGCAAGGUCUCUGGCCCUCGACGAGAGAGAAGCCAGCUUGUAUGAGAUGAACGCCCGCAAUCAGAUCACGCUUUGGGGGCCGGAAGGCAACAUCUUGGACUAUGCCAGCAAAGAGUGGGGCGGUUUGAUCGGUGACUACUACAGCCAGCGCUGGAGCCUGUUUGUGACCACGCUGGUGAAGUGUGUGGACAGGGGGAGCCCUUUUAAACAGGACGCCUUCAACCGAGAUGUCUUCAAAGUGGAAAAGGGCUUCGUCUAUAACCAGAGGAGGUACCCUUCUAAGCCAACGGGAGAUACUUAUGAGAUCGCCACCAGGGUGUUCCUCAAAUACUACCGACCGAUCAUGAAAAAACUGAACAAAGCUGCUUGCCACUCCUGAAAUUUCUCUAGAGGAGUCCCCCAUCUUCCAAGACCUGUUUCCACAAUAACCGGACCCACGUUCUUUUCAAAUUUAAAAAAAAAUCUGUUUAAAAGUGUAAAUACGAGAAGCUACCUUUUUAUAUGUGGACACUUUUGAAACCUAUAAUUGCAGGUCAAUUUGUAGUGGCGCUGUAGUGAGGUUCUGCAGCUCCUGAGCAUUAAGUCAAUCGAUAACCAAGAUCACUUUAUUUUUUUAUUUUUUAGUAAAAGCUGGGCCACUGGGAAAGGGAGUCUUGUUAGGUAGUUUGAAUGUAUCAUAAUGGUCUGUAUUGUGUAUAUUAGAAUCCAGGAAUAACACUUUGUAAAGCAGAAGAGGCUUCCAAGAUGGCAGCAUUUGGGUUCCAAGCUGGGAUCCAGUUUCAGAACCUUAAUCUGUUUGGGAAAGACCCUCAUUGGUGACCAGCCCUGAAACUCAACAAACCCCUCAGCUCUACACUGAUCUCCAUAACAAACAGUACUGCUUCUUCACAUGCUAAGUAACGAGGAGUUAAUAUGUGUCUGGUAAUUGCAAUUCAUCUGUGAAAUAAGUCUGUCCUGUUUCUCAGAGGCUUGUGUGAGCAUGUGCCAAGUUUUUUCUCCUUAUAAUCCCUAUUGGAGCCUUUUAGCAGCGGUUAUACCACGUUUCCACACUAGAUGGUGCUGCUGAACUUUUUAGUGGUAGUGGAUUUACAAAGUGCCUACACUUUCUAUAGAAAUGAAGCAUUAUCCAAUCAAAUCUAUAGAUACCGUAUUUUUAUGUGCAGUAUGUGUUAAUCUGUAAAUAUUUUAAUGGGAAACGGAUACAUUCCAAGUGCAGAGUACUGUUAAAAUGGGAUUUCUGAGACCUUUUUCACCUCCUUAGUGUCCCCUUUGCUCUUUGUUUGCAACAGUUUUGAGUGGGUCUAAUUGCAAUAUUCUAAUUUUGUGCUAAGUUUUUUUAAAAUUUUUUUUAUUUAGAGUGCCCAAUUAUUUUACCCCCAAUUUUUUUUUUCUCCCCAGUGUAGAAUGUCUAAUUAUUAUUUCCCCCCUCACUGUAGCAAUUCCCCGCACAGCUCAGGAGAACUGAAGGUUCAGCGGGCGUCCUCCGAUCCCACGACCAAGCCAACUUCCUCUUCUACACCCAAGAACUCAAGAGCAGAUGUCAAUAAGCUAGCGGCCUCUGGGGGACAAACAGGUCUUACAGGUGUCCGUCUGGGCUCACUGGGUGCCUGGCCGGUAGGGUCCGCUGUAGCACGAUGAGGAGAAACAGUCCCUGUCGGUUUUGCCUCCCUGACCCGCGGGAACGCCAGAGCCAAUGCGACGCUCUCUCCUCAAUCCCCAGCGAAGAUUGGAGACUUUGCACAACCAGGACGCGAACCUGUAUGACUCACCCUGCACACCACGCAGCUGUGCUUUUAGUGGGAGCCACUCGGGAACCCCUGUGCUAAGCUACUUUGACAUGAGUUCAGAAGCUGCUCUUCUGUUCACACAGGCUAGAUCAGUCUUUAUUUGAGUUAUCUAGCGUACACCUGCUCUUGAUUAAGUUCCUUUUGGUAUUGCUGGCGAUACAGAGUAGGUGGUUCAGCGGAUGGUGUUUCGUGACAAAGACAAAGACUGUUUAAAUAAAGUGCCUGUCAUUUUUAUUUUUAUUGUUAACAUCCUGACAGCUUUUUACACUUUAUAACAUUAAAGUCUGUUUUAAAGCUCUUUUCAAAAUGUCUGCUCUAGUGCACUGGGGUUUGAGAUCUGUCCUCUAAAUCACUGCAGAAAAAACUUAAGUGCUCUGGCUUUUCUGUUCCGUACCACAUCAUGGAUCAUUGUUGCUGUCUUACUUGUUUGACAAUGUGGGCAAUAAUCCAUUGCCUACACUAUCAAUGCACUACAGCAGACAUUUUGAAACACAGACUUGCUAUAAAACAUUGAGAAUCCAACAUCAAAAAGGUAUGUGUACAACACAGAUUUUAAGUUGUGUAAAGCUUUAGUGUGAGAAACUAUUGCAAACUUUUGCCUUUUGAAUAGGUACUGACGUUCUGAAUUAAGACACUGGUAUUGUUAAACAAAGCAUGAGUUUUAAUUUGUUAGAUUAGAAAGAAAAGGAAUAUUUUGGAAAUACCUAAUGUACAAUAUUUUUGUAUGUCAUGAAACCUGAUGAAUAAAUUUCUACUCUAAUUGGUGUCCUCUUUUGAAAGCCCUAGCUAGAAACCCUACCCUGGAUGUUGCUCUG